GAAAAAAGAAAAAAAGAGAAAAUAAUAUUCAUCGAUUUUGUCAAAAAAAGAGUUUUUUUGGUUUGAUUUGGGAAUUCGUGCGCGGCUGUGGCAGAGAGGCCAAACCCACCCGUGUACUCCAUCAUCCGUCGGAUCCACCAAACCCACCACAUUCAUCUCUCUCUCUCUAUCUAUCUUCUUCAUCUUCAUCAUUCUUGUUUCUUUUCGAACAAAAUUCAUCUCUGCUUCUGCACUUUUUAGGGUUUCUCUCAAAAUUUUUUUGACGCUUUCUCUUAAAAGGGUUGUUGACGAAAUAACCCUUUUGAGGGUGGUUUGAGGAAGACCACGAAGGUGUAAGAAAGAAGAAUUCGAACACAAAACCAUCCCCAACAAGAUAAAGUUACGAACUUUUCCCUUCUUCCUCUUCCUCUGUUUUCUCCAUCUCAAAAAGAUUCUAACUUUAGGUGUGAAUCUCUUCUUUCCCCCUUUGCUUCUUUCCUUGCCGCGUUUAACACGAUGACAUCUGCAAAACCCUGGAGAUUUCUUGUUCUAACCCCUCCGAGCUAAAAAGAUAAAAAAAGUUGCGAUUUUUUUUUAGAAUUCUGUUUUUUUUUGGUGUUCUUGUGCGUUAUGGGUUGUGUUCAAUGCAAAUGUUGUAGCCGGUACCCAUCGUCAUCAUCAGAUGGAGAUUCUCGUGGACCUGUUGGAGCCAAUGGUGUUGUCAAAGGGAAAGAUCAGAAACCUCUUGGAUCUAUUCACGUUCCUUCUCCUAAUUUCGACAUGGUUUACUCUGUGUUAUCUCAGCGAGGCUAUUACCCUGAUUCACCUGAUAAAGAGAAUCAAGACACUUACUGCAUCAAAACCGAGCUUCAAGGUAACCCAAAUGUUCAUUUCUUCGGUGUGUUUGAUGGUCACGGCGUGUUCGGUACGCAGUGUUCCAAUUUCGUCAAGGAGAGGGUUGUUGAAAUGUUGUCUGAAGACCCAACUCUGCUUGAGGAUCCAGAGAAAGCUUACAAGUCUGCGUUUUUAAGGGUGAAUGAGGAGUUACACGAUAGUGAAAUCGAUGAUUCGAUGAGUGGUACUACUGCCAUUACGGUUCUUGUUGUUGGGGAUAAGAUUUAUGUUGCUAAUGUAGGGGAUUCGAGGGCGGUUCUUGCUGUUAAAGACAGGAACAGGAUUUUAGCAGAGGAUUUGUCUUAUGAUCAAACGCCUUUUAGGAAAGAUGAAUGCGAGAGGGUGAAAGCGUGUGGAGCUAGAGUGCUGAGUGUUGAUCAAGUGGAAGGAUUGAAAGAUCCGAAUAUACAGACAUGGGCUAACGAAGAGAGCGAAGGAGGGGAUCCGCCGAGACUUUGGGUACAAAACGGGAUGUAUCCGGGAACUGCUUUCACAAGGAGUGUUGGAGAUUUUACAGCUGAGAGCAUUGGAGUUACUGCGGAACCAGAAGUGUCAAUGGUUCAUCUUUCGCCUAACCAUUUGUUUUUCGUUGUUGCUAGCGAUGGGAUUUUCGAGUUUCUUCCAAGCCAAGCUGUUGUUGAUAUGGUGGGGAGAUACGCUGAUCCGCGCGAUGGAUGUGCUGCAGCGGCAGCAGAAUCGUACAAACUGUGGUUGGAACAUGAGAAUAGGACAGAUGAUAUCACAAUUAUCAUUGUACAGAUUAAAAAGCUGUCUUAAUGAAUGAUUCAAAUUCCUAUUUGCCCCUUUGUUUGAUUCUGUACUGUAUUGUCACAGAUUCCUUCUAUAUAGCAGAUGUUUAAAGUAAUGCUUUCUCUCU